CAACCUCUCUGCUGUUGUACGUGAUUCCGAGUUUAGCCAGCUGAGGUUCUGCUGACACUUUUACACAUUUUUUCGUCAGCAUUUACUUACAACAAUUUAACAGAAGCUUCGUUUGUCAUAAUGCCCAAAGGAGGGAAGAAAGGUGGCCACAAAGGUCGCAUGCGGACGUACACCAGCCCCGAGGAGAUUGAUGCUCAGAUGAAGGCAGAAAAGGAGAGAAAAAAGCAUGAACAAGAAGAGGGUGAGGAGGAUGGAGCGGGACAGAAAGACACAGCAGAGGAGAAGCUACCGGGAUCUGGUUCAGAAGAAAGUGAUGAUGAAGAUUCCCAGAGGAGAAGAGCUGGCGUGGAGGGCUUGAUAGAAAUCGAGAACCCCAACAGACUGGCUCAAAAAUCCAAGAAGGUGACGCAGAUUGAGUUAGAUGAGCCAAAGCAAUUAUCAAGGAGAGAGAGAGAGGAGAUUGAGAAGCAGAAAGCAAAGGAGCGUUACAUGAAGAUGCAUUUGGCAGGGAAGACAGACCAGGCCAAGGCUGACCUUGCUCGCCUCGCUAUUAUCAGGAAACAGAGAGAGGAGGCAGCAAAAAAGAAAGAAGAGGAGAAGAAAGCAAAAGAAGCAGCGGCAGCAGCAGCUCGAGGAAUAAACUCCCUCUCAAUGAAAUGAUGCAG